UCAGAGACUUCUCCCUCUUGAUCCCCCCCCCCCGGAGGGGCCUGAUCCCCGCCCCUCCGGAGCGCCGAGAGCCUGGAGGCUGCAAGACUCCCCUGGAAUUAAGAGACAGAUUUCCCCCCCCACUCCCCACCCCCGCCACCUUCUCUCCACCCCCGGAACUAAGAGGAGAGACUCUCCACCCCCUCCCCUCCUCCAUCCUCUCCCGCCCAGUCCCAGAUCGUGAGGGGGCCGUGAGAAUCAACAGCAGAGAACCACACACACACACCUGAGACGCCCCCGCCCGCCCGCCCCAGAGCAGAGAGCUGUCCUAGACGGCUUCGGCCCGUGUUGACCGGGAUAGACCCCUCGAAGGCGAGGAAGGCUACCGGACCUGGAGAGACCGCGCGCUCAGGAGAGGCAACCCCCUUUUCUUGGCUACCGGAAGAAUCACUUGCUAUAUAAGGACCUUGGACAAAGAGUGAGACCCUAGUCCGGAACGACAGGAUUGAGGGCCCUUGUAUUGUUGGUCCAUGAUCUCUUUCCAAAAUUAGCAACCCCAUCUUUGUCACCAAGUAGGUGUGUGACCGGUGCGACCAGCCAUGGCCCCAUUUCUACGCAUCUCCUUCAACUCCUAUGAGCUCGGAUCCCUGCAGUCUCCUGAGGAAAACUGUCAACCGUUCUGUGCUGUCAAGAUGAAAGAAUCACUGAACACAGAGAGAGGGAAGACGCUGGUUCAGAAGAAGCCCACCAUGUACCCAGACUGGGCAUCGACCUUUGACGCCCACAUCUACGAGGGACGGGUCAUCCAGAUUGUCUUGAUGAAGGCGGCCGAGGAACCCCUAUCGGAGGUGACUGUGGGUGUGUCCGUGUUGGCCGAGAGAUGCAAGAAGAACAACGGCAAAGCUGAAUUCUGGCUGGACCUGCAACCUCAGGCCAAGGUACUCAUGUCUGUCCAGUAUUUCCUGGAAGAUACAGAUUGCAAACAGUCCAUGAGGAUGGAGGACGAGAGCAAAUUCCCCACCAUGAACCGGCGGGGGGCCAUCAAGCAAGCCAAGAUCCAUUAUAUCAAAAACCACGAGUUCAUUGCUACCUUCUUUGGCCAGCCCACUUUCUGCUCAGUCUGCAAGGAGUUUGUUUGGGGCCUUAACAAGCAAGGCUACAAAUGCAGACAGUGUAAUGCGGCGAUCCACAAGAAAUGCAUCGACAAGAUCAUCGGCCGGUGCACGGGCACGGCGGCCAACAGCAGGGACACCGUGUUCCAGAAGGAGCGCUUCAAGAUAGACAUGCCGCAUCGCUUCAAGGUGUACAACUACAUGAGCCCCACCUUUUGUGACCACUGUGGGAGCCUGCUCUGGGGACUGGUGAAGCAGGGCUUAAAGUGUGAAGACUGUGGGAUGAACGUACAUCAUAAGUGUCAGAAGAAAGUGGCAAAUUUAUGUGGCAUCAACCAGAAGCUGUUAGCUGAAGCAUUAAACCAAGUCAGCCUGAAAUCUUCCCGGAAGUCAGACACAGGGUCUACAGAAAGCUUUGGCAUCUACCAGGGCUUUGAGAAGAAAGCAGGUCCCUCUGGGGAAGAUUUGGCAGAUAAUGGGACCUAUGGGAAGAUCUGGGAAGGCAGAACGCCCUCCAAGUUCAACAUCGACAACUUCACAUUUCACAAAGUCCUGGGCAAGGGGAGCUUUGGGAAGGUGCUGCUAGCUGAGCUGAAGGGAAAGGGCGAGUUCUUUGCAGUAAAGGCUCUGAAGAAAGAUGUCGUUCUGAUAGAUGAUGAUGUGGAGUGCACCAUGGUGGAGAAGCGAGUGCUGGCACUCGCCUGGGAGAACCCAUUCCUGACGCACCUUUACUGUACUUUCCAAACCAAGGAUCACCUGUUCUUUGUGAUGGAAUUCCUCAAUGGAGGCGACUUGAUGUUUCACAUCCAGGAUAAGGGACGCUUUGACCUGUACCGAGCCACGUUUUACAGUGCUGAGAUCCUGUGUGGUUUACAGUUCCUACACAGCAAAGGCAUCAUUUACAGGGACCUCAAACUGGACAAUGUGAUGCUGGAUAAAGAAGGCCACAUCAAGAUCGCCGAUUUUGGGAUGUGCAAGGAGAACGUGGUGGGGGAGAGCAGGGCCAGCACAUUCUGUGGUACGCCUGACUACAUUGCCCCUGAGAUCCUGCAGGGCCUGAAGUAUACAUUCUCAGUGGACUGGUGGUCCUUUGGUGUCCUCCUAUAUGAGAUGCUUAUUGGGCAAUCCCCCUUCCAUGGGGAUGACGAGGAUGAGCUCUUUGAGUCCAUCCGUGUGGACACGCCUCACUACCCACGAUGGAUCACCAAGGAAUCAAAAGACAUCCUGGAGAAGUUGUUUGAAAGAGAUCCCACUAAGAGACUGGGGGUGACAGGUAACAUCAAAGUCCAUCCGUUCUUCAAGACUAUCAACUGGACUCUCCUGGAGAAGAGGGAAGUGGACCCACCAUUCAAGCCCAAAGUGAAGUCAGCCGGCGACUACAACAAUUUUGACCGGGAGUUCCUAAGUGAGAAGGCCCGCCUAUCCUUCAGUGACAAGAACCUCAUUGAUUCCAUGGACCAGUCAGCCUUUGCCGGCUUCUCCUUUGUCAACCCCAAAUUUGAGCGACUCCUGGAGAAAUGAGUGUUCUGUUGAACCCUCCGCCUCCUUGGUCAAAAGCCCACCAGUGCUAGCUAGCUAUGUGUACCGGUUCCCAAGAGUGAACAGGGCUAGGAUCUCUCCUGGCCCCCUCUCAGCCCUCUCCUGGGCCCCCAUGAUAUGCAACAGUGUGAUUGUAAUUAUUUCUCCAGCUGCCUCCAUGCCCAUAGGCGGCAGGUCUUUUGCAUGGUUGGGGUUUUAGGUACCUUCCUCUGUGAAUCAUGUGUGAAUUUUCUGCUCCUCUACUUGAGGAGAGAGAUUGUAAAUCCCAUGUUUUGUUACUUGAAUGUAGUUAUCUAUUGAAAAUACAUAUUAUAUAUAAAUAUAUAUAUAUAUACAUAUAUAUAUAUAUACAUAUAUAUAUAUAUAUAUGAAAAGCUGUAUAUAUUGCUCCAUAGAGAAGAAACAUGUAAGGGAACUGGUGAUGUGUUGACUUUUUUAUAAAAACACACAAACAAAAUCCAAACAUAAACCAUGAGACCUCUUGGUUCUUUUAUUUAUGUCUCCAAUAAAACAACGGAACAGUCUG